AUGUCUUCUAAUGGAUCAUCUGAUGGUGGAUGCUUGAUGUCUAGCAAUGUGUGUAACGGGAGCUGCACCAAAAGAGAAGUGUCUGUGACCUCAUCUGCCAUCUCAAUGACGGUGGGCAUCAUAUCCAACAUUAUGGCUCUCUUCAUCUUAAUCAAAGCCUACCACAGAUUUAAAUUCAAGUCUAAAGCAGCCUUCCUCUUCUUUGCAAGUGCUUUGGUGCUCACUGACUUCUUUGGACAUUUGAUUAACGGUUCUCUGGCUAUCUACGUUUACGCCUCACAGAAAGACUGGGAGAGAUUUGAUCUCAACAAAUCUCUUUGUGACUUUUUUGGAGUUUGUAUGGCUUUCUUCGGUCUGACUCCUCUUUUGCUCGGAAGUUUGAUGGCAGUUGAACGUUGUAUCGGAGUGACCCGUCCUCUUUUCCACACCACAGCACUGGGACCCCAUCAUGUGAAGAGGCUGCUGGGUGUGACCUGGAUGCUGGGUCUCCUGGUGGCUCUGCUUCCGAUCCUGUUUCAGCGGCCGUACCUGGUGCAGCGUUCCCGAAGCUGGUGCUUCUUUCGCCUGCAGGGGAUGCGUGACUGGGUUGAUGUGCUUCUUCCAAUAUUGUUCUCUGUGUUGGGUUUGCUGUCUUUACUAGUGUCACUAGUCUGCAAUACUGUGACUGGUCUCACUCUCCUGCGGUGCCGGGGACAACUUGACCGAAAUCAUCAUCGCCAUUGUCGUAACACAUCACACCAUUCUGAGAUGGUCUGUCAGCUUCUGGCAAUCAUGCUGGUUUCAUGUGUCUGCUGGGGUCCUCUUCUGAUAACAAGCAUCAUAUUAAUCAUCCAGGAUCAUGGUGAAGAUCAGACAUCACACAUGUUGUUGGUUGUUCGCAUGGCAACAUGGAACCAGAUCCUCGACCCAUGGGUCUACAUCCUCCUCAGGAAAGCCGUGCUGAGGAGGCUUUUCCAGGUGGCAUUGAGGCUUUGCAGUCCUCAUGCCAAACUCACAUCCUGGUGGCAGGGCAGCACUCUGGGGAGUUCCAUGAAUGCCAGUAGCUCGGUGACCAGCCGACCAGACUUCAUCGGGCUGGAUGGACCUUUCCUACCGGAUACAGCCAUCCAAUCAGCUCACCCACUGAGUCUAAAAGAGGGAUUUGAGACCUAAAUUCACGGAUAUUCAUUAUUACAGCGGAAAAGACUGUUUCAGGCAUUUAUGAGAUGUGUCUAGAGAGAA